GCCAUCUUGGAUAGAACGGAGAAAUGAACUUCCGAUUCAGACCGAAAAUCAUGUUUAAAAAAUUGCAACCAAGUUAGAAAAGAUGGAUUGACUAGCACGAGGGAGACUUGUUGAUAGACAGCAGCAAGUCAUACCACACAAAGAGCUGCACAGCAUGUCCAUGAGGCUUGUGUCCGGUGGAACGUAUAAUGUCCGAGCCUCGGAAAUGUCCUCUCAUCUGCAGGAUAGACAGCCCAAGAUGGUCACCUGUAUCGUCCACUUCCUUGACGACAGCCAACAAGACUUUGAAGUUGAUAAGAAGGCCAAGUCCCAGGUGUUGCUAGACAAGGUAUUUGGUCACUUGGAGCUAGUGGAGAAGGAUUAUUUUGGGUUACAGUUUGUGGACCUCUCCCCUGCCCCCGAUGGAAUGGUCAGUCAUGCUCACCUCCCAGUUGGACCCUACGCAAUGAGAUGGCUUGAUCCUCUAAAGACAAUAAAGAAGCAGUGUAGAGGUCCUCCAUAUGAGUUUUAUUUUAGAGUGAAGUUUUAUGUUUCUGAUCCCAGUAAAUUAGAAGAGGAAUACACAAGGUAUCACUUCUUUCUGCAAGUGAAAAGAGACAUCUUAGAAGGUCGACUAGUCACUCCGCCCAGUACUUCUGCCCUACUGGCCAGUUUUGCCAUACAAUCUGAACUUGGAGACUAUAACCCAGACGAACACAAGGGGAAUUAUAUAUCGGACUACAGGUUCAUACCUCACCAAACAGAAGAUUUUGAGAAACAAGUCUCCGAACUUCAUAAACAACACAGGGGACAGACACCUGCUGAUGCUGAGUACCAUUAUCUAGACAAGGCCAAGCGGUUAGAAAUGUACGGGGUGGAUCUCCAUAAUGCUAGGGGCAUGUUUAUUGAUGCAAACGAACAGGGACUGUGCAAUAUACUAGAUCAGAAUAAUAUAGAUAUCCAGCUAGGCGUCACGUCUGUGGGGCUCGUAGUCUUUCAAAACAAUGUCAAAAUUAAUACAUUCCCAUGGGCAAAGAUUGUAAAAAUCUCAUUUAAAAGGAAGCAGUUCUUCAUUCAGCUGCGAAGAGAAGUGAAUGAUUCUGUAGAGAACCUGAUUGGGUUUAACAUGAUCAGCUACCGAUCUUGUAAGAAUCUCUGGAAAUCCUGCGUGGAACAUCACACCUUUUUCCGUCUGUACGUUCCUAAUCCACCCUCCAAGAAAAUCUUCUCAAUGGGCUCCAAGUUCCGUUACAGUGGUAGAACUGAAUUCCAAACUUUGGAAGAGAACAAGAGGCGAGCUAAAAUUGAGCGGACAUUUUCCAGGUCACCCAGUAAAAAAUUUGCCCGUCGGACGGUCAGUGGCCACACUCGGGAUCAGAUUAUCCAAGAACGCAACUUCAUCGAUGGUCAUCGCAAUCUUCCCAAGUCUCAUACUUUUGGAGGAACCCCUUCAACCGCUAGACCAAAGAGCAGUAACUGUGUCAAUCACUCGUUUAAUCGCUAUGAGAGCGUCAGUAAUCAGAAACGAGCUACGCUUCCUCAUGACUACAAGAUCGGAUCUCCUGCUCGCUCGUCCAUACAUUCUUCCAAGUCUGAUGAUGAUGGCGGCUUCAUUUCACACAAGAUCCCAGCUAACACCUAUCCUCAACCUGUUCCUAUCAAGGUCGUCGAUGUCAACAUCCCAGACAAGGACAACCAUACUGAUACCAAUAGCGAACUUCCUGCGUACGAUGAGUACCUGCCUAACGGCAAUAGUCACUCUGAAGGACAUGGUCUGGUUACCAUCAGGAUGAGGCCCGACGACCAAGGAAGGUUUGGAUUCAAUGUCAAGGGAGGAGCUGACCAGGGCAUGCCUAUCAUUGUAUCUAGGGUAGCCCCGGGCACUCCUGCUGACCUGGCCAUUCCCCGCCUCAAUGAGGGAGACCAAGUGCUAUUUAUAAAUGGACGUGAUGUGUCCCAGCAUACACAUGAACAGGUUGUGAUGUUUAUUCGUGCUUCACGAGAAACUCAUUCUGGAGAACUAGUGCUCAUAGUUAGGCCCAAUGUUUAUGUUGGUGAGGAGGCACAGGAGGAACCAAAUUUGGAAUAUUUACCAGAGAACUACCAGAUCAUAGCACCUGGAGCCGGAACUGGAACCAACGCACUGGAGGCAUCUCUGAUGUUAUUACAGGAGAGUCUGGACAGUGGGGCUGCACUGGCACAAUUUGAGCAAUUGUACAGAAAGAAGCCUGGUAUGACAAUGAAUGCAGCUCGACUGGAUGUCAACAUUGCCAAGAAUCGCUACAGGGAUAUUUCACCAUAUGACCAGACCAGAGUUAUACUGAAGGAACAAAAUGUGUCAGGAGGGGACUACAUUAACGCCAACUAUGUGAAUAUGGAAAUACCUGGCAGUGGAAUCGUGAAUCGAUACAUCGCUGCCCAGGGGCCGCUACCCAAAACUUGUACAGAUUUUUGGCAGAUGGUAUGGGAACAGCACUCGUCUUUAGUUGUGAUGUUGACAACGAAAGUGGAAAAAGGUCGAGUGAAAUGUCACCAGUACUGGCCAGAAAUGUAUGAAACAAUGGACUAUGGGUUGUUACAAAUCACAUGUGUCAAAGAAGAGGAAACGCCAUCAUUUGCAUUUAGGGAAUUUAAUUUAACCCACGCAGAGACAAAUGAAGAACGUCACAUAUCACACAUGCAGUAUAUAGCCUGGCCAGACCAUAACGUUCCCGACGACCCGGCCGAUUUCUUAGAAUUUGUUCUCAGAGUUCGACAGCGGAGAAUGGGUAUGGUAGAGCCCACGGUAGUCCAUUGUAGUGCGGGUAUUGGAAGAACAGGAGUAUUAAUCACCAUGGAGACAGCUAUGUGUCUAAUCGAGGCAAACCAACCUGUUUAUCCACUCUCUAUAGUACGCCAAAUGAGAGAUCAGCGAGCCAUGCUCAUACAGACGGCGACACAAUACAAAUUUGUAUGUGAAGCUAUUCUUAAGGUUUAUAAUGAAGAACUCGUGAAACCUUUAGAAGACUAUCAAAGGUGAAAUUUGGAAAUGGAUGUUUCUAGAAAACCUGAGUAAAAACUUAAAUCCACUACAACAAAGAAAAUGGAAAAGUCCCUCCUCAGCCCAAGAGAUUUAUUGUCUGUUAAGAGAGAAAUCCAAUACCAGCUUGGGAUAUUCCAUUUUCAACUCUGUUAGGAGAGAAAAAUCCAUUUUCAUCUUUAAAACCUAGGUGAAAUAAGACGUAAACAUACGAGUGAUCCAAGAGUGAGUAAGGCUGGUCCUCUGGGAAGCUGUCUAGGUGUCCGUAGCCUGUGGAUGAUUAAAAUCUGUGAAUUGUGAUUGUUUCAGUGGAGCGUGGAUAAUUUGUGGAACGAUGAUAACGAUGUUUGUGGAGCAAUUCCACCUGCCCUUUGUAAGGACAUGAAAAAGAUAGUGACUUUUUCAGCCUUCAAAGGGAGAGAAGUGGAUUUAUUUGAUUGCAUAUCUUGUGUAAAUGUUAAGUUAUUACAUUAAUUUUUCGUCAUUGUUAAAUCCAUUGGUUUUUACCUAAAGCAUUUUAAAGUAUUUUUUUUCUUUGUUGUUGUAUGAGAGGAACAGUUAUAUUUCUGUAUUUUGAUUGGUUUGUUUGUCCUCCACUGUUAUAAUAGCUGGCAUUUCAUUGGUUAUUUUAAGUUCUCAAUCAUAUGGAUGCAUUUGAAAUUUUAUUUCUUACAUUUAUGGAAUGGCUGAAAGGCUAUGCUUUCAUCUGUUGUACUGCUAUGGUUGUGUAAUUUCAUUGAUUUUUUUUUUAAAUUCUGGUAUGAAAGUCACAUGUAAAUUCUGUCAGAUCUAUUAAAUAAGAAUAUGCUCCAAUUUCUCUUCAGUACUUUAGUACUUUCUUGUAUUAUUUGAAGAGAAGCUAAUAUGAAAUGGAUAUGAAUUGAUACCAAAUAAUUUCUCAAUUCUAUAACAAUAUACAACAAUUACUUUAACAAAUCUGAUUUUCCAAAGAACUACCUCAUACAGUGGAGUAGCCAUUAGGUAUAGAAUAUUAGAUUAUCAAUGACGUUCACCUAAACUGUAAUUUUUGGCAGAAAACAAAACACACCAAUGUAUUAAGAUUUUUAAGAAAGUGUGACAAAUUCAUUCUAAAAUUUGAAUGCUCCUCUAUUUACUAAAUUCUAUGACAAUCAAUUGCAUCUCAAUUUGAAAUAGUGAAUUUAUAAUAUAUUUAGUUGUCCUUUCAAAUUAUUUCAUAAAUUGUUUAUUCUGCUGGCUUGAAUGGUUACUAUGGUAACAGUAAAUAACCUGUUACUAUGGUAACCUUAACCAUGUAAACAGUGUUGUUUGAAAACACAAAAAAAUGAUUGUUUCCCUUUUCAUGUUUAUUUAUCAGUUUUAAAUUUUGUUUAUUUUACAUUCCAUGUGCUUUUGUGAUUUUAUUUUUUAAUUUAUUUUUCUUUAUAUUGUAUUUUUAUGUUGUAAUCAUGCAGUUAAGAGAAACAAACAUGUUUAACAUAAAGCAGCAUCAAGAAGAUGCAGAUAACAGAGCAUAUAAACGAUUUAUCUCCCUUUGUACUCCUGAAUGUUAAUUGACAGAUCUUAAGAUGCAUUUAUUUAAAAAGCAUAUUAUGGUUGGAAUAUUCAACUCUUAACCAGAUUUAGAAAUUUCAAUGUCAGUUAAACAAAGAGCUUCAAUAUUUUCACAAAAUUAUUAUAUUUGGAUUCAAUAAGGCUUUUACUUCGCAUUUGAACUCUCUAACCUUUAUCUAGAUACAAAAGUGUAAAGAAAAUUAACCAGAUGAAUUGAUCAUGUUUAUCAUGGUCAUGUAUUUAUCUUGUAAUGGGACAACAUUACAAACUUAAAAAUCAUUCUCAAUUCUAGAAACUAAUGCAAUUAUACAUAAAAAGUGGAUCUUGAACAAUUUGAUGUAUUCCAGAUAAAUAGUGCAGCUAUUGUACUCUGACCCGUGGGAUCUGAUAUUACCCUGCUAUAACAAACAUUGCUGUGAAUGUUAAUUGGGAUUUUAUAAGAAUAGAAUUCAUUCAGAGUGUUUGUAUGCGUGUUCUGUGCGUGUAUGUGUGUGUGUUUUGGGAAGAUCGACAGGAAAUGUGCUAACAUUAUUUCCUUCUGUUUUGCAUGAUGAAAUGCUAAUAUGUAAAUAAAUGUGUACCAUUGUCCAAAGCAAAGUGUACUGCAUAGAAAAUUUUCUGGGCAAUACAUAAUAAAAAAUCUUUUUUUUUCUAAGGACAA